AUCAGAAUCGCACUCAAGGAUUGGCCUGAAAUCCAGAGAUUUCAACAGGAUCUGCUAGACUCCCAGCAUUAUGAUGCAGCAUACAUAUUCAGGACACUGCGACUUGCUAGAGCAUUCCAUUUCACAGCAAUGCCAAAGCUACUAAACUACCGAACUAAAAAGAAGAUUCAGGAAAACGAAUUUAAAGAAGAAUUUAAGGACCCAAGUAACAGAGUGAACAGCCUCAUCACUAAUGAUGUAUUGGAGGAACUGAUGAAUAUUCACGACCACUAUCAGAAAAUGAAGUGUGUCAUUUCAGCUGACAAAUCCCAGCCAGACAAGGCACUGAGCUUAAUAAAAGAUGAUUUUGUUGUUACUCUUAAGAACAUAACUUUGGAACAUCAGGAAUGGCAGCAGAACAGAAUGAAAUUAUUUCUAAAUGCUAAAGAAACUGAUGAAGCAUCAAACAAAAAGGAAGAAGAUACUUUGCUAGAAUCAGAGGGUUCUGAACGAGCAAAUGCAUUGGCUAGAAUCAAAUACAAGUCUUACUCUGCAGUUGUUGAGGCUUCCAAAUCCAGAAGGCAUCGUCAAGUAAAAUUGGAAUCUUCUGAAUCAGGAUCAAAUUAUGAGAAAUCUCCAAGCCGAAGUAAAAAAACCAGUAGGAGACCACAGCCAGCAAGGAGAAGAAAUUCUCUGGGAAUCCAAGGUGAAAUGCAAGUGGCAAAGGAAACUGUUACUCAGCAUAUUGGGAUGCCUGUAAUCACAGAAGAGAACUCGGAUGAAGAAGAAGUACCUCUCCCCAAGAGGAAAAGAAGAUGUUAG